CGAAUGCUUUAAAAAAGGAGAGAAAAAAGAAAGAAGGGGAAAAGCUCGAGAAGACUAUGAUUCUGCUGCUUUUUAAAGGGUGGUUUGGUACCUCCUGCCUUUUUAUUUCUGUUAAUUUAGAGAAUUUUCUCGAUUUUCUUCUCCAGUGUUUUUGGAAUUUUUGUCCUGUAUUCUGACUCUCUUUCUCUUUCUUCCCAACUAAAUGCGUUACUGUGUCACCAGGAAGCAAAAACAGAGAGAGAGAGAGAGAGAGAGAGAGAGAGAGAGAGAGAGAGAGAGAGAGAGAGAGAGAGAGAGAGAUGGAGGCGGCCGGGGUGGCUACAAGGUCACUGUGGAAUCAGUCAGGCAGCCAAAGUGUUUUGAAACGGUUGGCAGAGCUUAGGAGAGUGGGAGGGGCAGCAGGGGGAGAGGGAGGAGGUGGAGGUGGGGGAGUAUUUGGCGGCGGGAGGUUGUCAGGGCCACAGACUUUUCCAAAAGGGAAUAAUUUGUGCAAACCUGCCACGUGGCAGUCGCUGAAGAACUGCAACAACUCGUUAUUAUUAUCCUCAUCUGAGUGGGGCACCCUAGACACGUGCCUGCUGGAUCCACGUGGGAAUCGCUGGAGAACUGCAGAAUCGGUGGGAACGGUGGUUGCUACUGCGUCUCAUCUCUUCAAGCGAUGGAUGGCAUCAGGUAAGGGAAAGAGUAUCUGCGAGAGAUGUUUUUGGAGGAGUCGAAGGUGGAGGAGGAGAGAGAACGAGUCACAUGGGCACAACUCAAUUGUCACGCUAGGGGGAGGUGGAAGCAUCAGACAGGCAGCAGCAGCUAGGAGACAGGAGACGAAAGGACAGGGUACAAGAGAAAUAGGAGAAGUAGGUGGUGACACACUCCAUGGUACCGUCCAUGUGUGUGUGUGUGCCCCCCAGCAGCAGCUAGUACGGGGUUUGGACAACACUAGAUCCUUCGGUGGAAGGGUGCUGCCCUCCUUGCGAGCUGCAAAAACAGGCAGGGAAGGGAGGAGGAGGGAGGGGAUCGGAAUUGUCCCGAUGGUGUAUUCGAGAUGGGUGAGGUCAGUGGCAGGGCAAGUAAGACUGGAUGAGGAUAACUGCCACGUCAGCAAUCAGGAGGAGAAAGGCCAGGACCGACUUCAGACUCACAGCAGCAUGAAAGGUUCGGCGAAGUUUCAGCGAGCCUUCCGGCGCGGCGGCUGGACUGAUGGUGAUUACGCUGACCAGAGGAAAGAGGAGGAGGAGGAGGAGGAGGAGGAGGAGGGGAAGGAGGUGGUGAUGACACGUGCCCGAAGAGGGCAAUGGAAUCCCAGAAAAGACCACCACAACAAGGAUGGUAAUGGUCAUUAUAAUUAUGAUGGCAGUAGAAACAGUAGGGCUAAUAAAUGGUGGGAAGAAGGGGAGGAGGGUGAGGAGGAAGAAGGAGACAGGGGGGGAUGGGACACAGGUUUGCAGUCAUCGCCAUCGCCCCCAUCGCGGCAAGGAGCUUGGAAUAGAACUGCAAGAGGUGGAGAAGGAAGAGGAUAUGGGAGAGGGUAUGGUGAUGACAUGAAAGAUAGAUCCUUCAGAGGAAAGAGAGGAGGGGAUGGAGAUUGGGAGAGGACAGGAGUGGACUGGGAUGAGAACCGGCCUGUGCGCUCAAUGCGUGGCGUCUCUCGCGGUGGAGGAGGGUCUGAGAGAGAGCAGGCAAGAUGGAGGGAGAGGGAGGAGGAGGAGGAGGAGGAGGAAGAGGAGCAGAGGGAGCCAGGGGAGGGGACCUGGGAUCAUGGAAGGGAACAGAGAGGUAGUGGGAGAGAGAGAGGAUUUUCAGGCCGCCGUGCAGGUUCCACUGAUCGUGCCAGAAGUGGUGGCAGUGCUCAUUGGCAAGAAGGACGGACAGGUGGAAGAUUUGGGGCAAACAGCAGGACGGAAGGCUAUGGUAGGGAGGAGAGUGAAGAAGGCGAGGGGAGGGAGAGGCUGACCACGAUAAAGAGGAGAAUCCUUGGAGAAAUCAUUUACGGCGUUAGCCCAGUCGUUGCUGCGCUUGGCGCUUUGCGAAGAGAGAUCUACGGUCUGUAUGUGCAGGAAGGCCUAGAGUCCAAGCGGAAAAAGGACAGGAGGGGAGUAGAUAUGGUGAUGAAGAAGGCGGACGAGCUCCGGCUUACUGCAGAAACCGUCUCCAAGCAUGAGCUGAACCUUCUGUGCGACAAUCGACCUCAUCAGGGCCUGGUCCUAGAUGCAAGUCCUCUUCAAUUUGUUGACGUCAAGGAAAUUCCUCCACCGGAAGAAGACAAAGAUUGGCAGCAUCUUCCAGACGGCAGGGUCGUCGCACCAUGUUGGGUUGCAUUGGAUGAGGUGAUGGAUCCCCAGAACUUCGGAGCAGUUCUCAGGAGUGCUUACUUCCUGGGCGCAACAGGCGUUGUCACAUGUGCGCGCAAUUCUGCACCCCUCAGUGCUGUUGUCAGCAAAGCAAGCUCAGGUGCUAUGGAAGCCAUGCAGGUUUAUUCUUGCAAGAAUAUGUUUAAGUUUCUUUCCCAGUGUAGAGCAAAUGGUUGGCGGGUGUUGGGAGCGUCCUCGAGUCCGACAGCUGUAGCCUGCAGGGAUCUGGCGAGAGGUGUGCCGACUAUCUUUGUGGUUGGAAAUGAAGGUGUCGGUUUGCGUGAAAACGUCCAGCGAGAGUGCACGGAGAUGGUCCGGAUUCCUGGAAGUGCAAGGACGGAUCUUGGUGGUCGUCCGUUUGUCAUCGACAGCUUGAAUGUUAGCGUUGCAGCUGGAAUACUGCUUCACGAAUUGCUGAUGCCGUGCCAGAGAGUUGUCGGGACAGGUUAUGGAGGAGAGCAGCACCCAGGAGGGCUUUCAGCUUUGGACUGGUCAGACUCUUCGACAUCUCAGGAACAUCAACCCGAGCAGCACGAAGAUGGCCGACAGGCGACAUUGGCGGCAUGGGAAGAAACACAGUCUCGCCGCAUGGAAUAAUUAGAAUCUCCCGGCAUGGACUCUGUGCGUGUGCUGACAGAAAAGCUGUAACAUGUGUGAGUGAGCGGUUGGAAACUCUGUCACUGUUGGUUGUGGUGGUUUGAGUUUGGACACGCCAUUCAGUUCAGGCAUGUGCAGUGCUCUUGAACACCGCAGACUUCGUUCUGCAAUGCUGCCGGUAUUUGCAUCGUCUGAAGUAUGUGUCCAAGCUUUGCACCUCUUGCAGGUAGUGAGUGGUCCACAUGACUCCGACGUCUGUUCCUGUUGAGCAGGUGAAUGUCACGAACGUCGCACCAUUGGAUAUACUCAUCUUAGGACACCUGCGUAAACUUCUAACAGAUGUGCCACCCCAGCCAACCCCCCACCUGACAAUGUCUUUCGCUUGGAUCGGACAGGCCACGAGGGGCUGCACCUUGCACCAUUGGAUAUAGUUUUAUGGAGUCCGGCGCAGUCCGCACCUUUUUUGAGGAGUUCCAGGUCUAUUGGGGGUACAGAUGUGCAAGUUCCCACAUUUUUGAGGUACACUUGUGGUCCAAUGAACUGUGGGGCAUGAGAAGCACAGGUUCAAACUUCAGACCUGCUCGAGGUACUGACAGAAAAUCCGUGCCCGUCAGAACGUGGAAGUACUUGUAAAGUGAUCAUGGACUCUUCCAUGGAAACCACUGCUACAAACCCCAUGACUGUUGGGGAUACCGGUGCAAACUUGCAAAGUCUGUACCUGUUGGAGGUAUUGGCACGAACUUCAGGCCAAGCGGAGGCUCUCACUGGAGGUAUUGGUGCGACCGUUUCACCAGUGUUUUGCACGUACCAGUGCAAAGGCUAAGAGUGGGUGCGCUGGUGCAGACAGUGGUCUGCAACAGGAGAAUACGCAGGUGUGGACAGUUGUGUGAUGCGAGCUUCGUUGAAGAGAGAGAGGUCUUCCCAGGCAGGUCAAUCUGGAGAGGCCUGCUGUAUACACAAGCCAUCUAGGGAGUGAUGCAACACAGCAGACCACCUAUCUAUACGAGCCCUGUCAUGUGGCCAAGCUAUCGCAGACUUCUGUAGAGGGGGCCCUUCCACGUUGCAAGUGAGCAUAUCAGGUGGCAGCCUGGUACAACCACCUUGCUGCCAGGGCAUUGGGGCAGGUAGUAGCAUGGACCGGCACAGGUUCAGACCGUGGCCUGGUAUAGGCAGAACCUCAGAGUCAGUGACAGGCAAUAGCUUCGGCCUGGCACCGUGCCAACCGGCCAUUGGCCUGUGAUCAGACAUUGGAUACAUACAUUGACAAUGCAGAUGGGGGGCCGGUUACGUGCAACCCAUACGAGAAAACAUUGGAAAACAGUGACCCUAAACCACCAGUACCUCGUCCACGCAAACUUGAGAAUCAGAAUUGCGCCAAUCUGUGUUCUUCGGAUGAACAGUGGUACCGGACCAAAAUGCUGGCAGUGCCCGUCAAAAAUGAAAAAAAAGUGCGCUGCUGGUGUUUCAUUUUGGUUGGCGCACAGUGCAAAUCCGCAUCGGGAAAAAGAGGCUCGGAGGUACUCGUGGUUCAAUGUGUCUGUGACCGUGUCCUACAUCCACAAACCACUUCCGUACUCCAGGGUCUGAAAGCAACUCCAGGACUUGAGGACACGGAACUCUUCUGUGACUGUGAUCUGGCCUUACGUACAGGGAUGUGAAGCUGUUUGGUGUACACUCAGGUGCAGAUGCUGGUGAUGGGGCUGGUAAAAGCACAGGCACAAGCAGUGGGAAGGUACAGGCAAAGGCGAAGACAGUGGCGUGUGUCAGGCACAGGUGCAGACAACAGCACAGACACCGACAUGUGUGCCGACAGACAGACGGUGAGCCUUUGUGCGGAUGAAUGGUUGUAUACACUCAGAGCCUUCCUAAUCCUGAUACUGUGAGCACAGGGUUAGGAACAGAGGGAGGGCAAGCAGUGAAAUGCAGCCUGGCCUGGGACAGCCAUCAGACUU